AUGUCAAAGGUUGAGAAUCAGGAGGGAGUUAUCAACUUCGAUGAAAUCUUACGUGAGACCGACUCAUUCAUGGUUGCUCGUGGUGAUCUUGGGAUGGAAAUCCCAGUUGAGAAGAUCUUCCUGGCACAGAAAAUGAUGAUAUACAAGUGUAAUCUUGUUGGCAAGCCUGUGGUAACUGCCACGCAGAUGCUUGAAUCCAUGAUCAAGUCUCCACGGCCCACUCGUGCAGAGGCCACUGAUGUAGCUAAUGCUGUCCUGGAUGGCACAGAUUGUGUAAUGCUUAGUGGGGAGAGUGCGGCUGGGGCCUAUCCAGAGAUUGCCGUGAAAAUCAUGGCUCGAAUUUGUAUCGAGGCAGAGUCUUCUCUUGACUAUGGGGCUAUUUUCAAAGAGAUGAUAAAGUCAACCCCACUGCCGAUGAGCCCAUUGGAGAGCCUUGCAUCCUCAGCUGUCCGUACAGCUAACAAGGCUAAAGCGAAACUUAUUGUUGUCAUGACGCGAGGUGGGACUACGGCCAAGUUAGUUGCCAAGUACAGGCCAGCUGUGCCAAUUCUAUCAGUAGUAGUCCCAGUUUUGACAACAGACUCAUUUGAUUGGACAAUAAGUGAGGAGACCCCAGCUAGGCAUAGCCUUAUAUACAGGGGCCUGAUUCCACUUCUUGCAGAAGGAUCUGCCAAGGCCACUGAUGCAGAAUCAACUGAGGUGAUCUUGGAAGCUGCCUUGAAGUCUGCAACAGAGAAGGUGCUAUGCCAGCCUGGUGAUGCUGUUGUGGCACUUCACCGUAUUGGAGGUGCCUCUGUUAUCAAGAUCUGCAUAGUGAAGUGA